GCGGGCGCGCGCAGCAUGGCGGAAGCGGAAGAGAGUUCUGCGCUUCUGCUGCCGCCGAUGCCGCCCCCGCCCGGGAUGGCGGAAGUGGAGGCGCAGACGGCGGCCGAGACGGACAUGAAGCAGUAUUGCAGCGCGGGCGGCGUCGCCAUGGACGUGGAGCGGAGCCGCUUCCCCUACUGCGUGGUGUGGACGCCCCUCUCCUUCCCCAGGUGGUUCCUCCCCGUCAUCGGCCACAUGGGCAUCUGUACAUCCACGGGCGUCAUCCGGGACUUCGCUGGCCCCUACUUCGUCUCGGAGGACAACAUGGCCUUCGGAAAGCCUGCCAAGUACUGGAAGCUGGACCCUGCUCGGGUGUACACCAGUGGGCCCAACGCCUGGGACACAGCCGUGCAUGAUGCCUCCGAGGAGUACAAGCACCGCAUGCACAACCUCUGCUGUGACAACUGCCACUCCCACGUGGCGCUGGCCCUGAACCUGAUGCGGUACAACAACAGCACGCGCUGGAACAUGGUGACGCUCUGCUGCCUCUGCCUGCUCUAUGGGAAGUACGUCAGCGUCGGGGCCUUCGUGAAGACCUGGCUGCCCUUCGUCCUCUUCCUGGGCAUCAUCCUGACCAUCAGCCUGGUCUUUAACCUCCGGUGAUGGCUGCCUAAUGGCCCAAACCCACCAGGCUCCCAAGGAGGCAGUGCCCCCCUUUUCGUUCCAGAUUCUUCUCAACCUGAAGGCAGGGCUGGGUCUGCGUUUUGAACCCAGGGCUCUGGGCCAGGUGGCUGGAAGGACUGAGGUUGCGUGUGGUUGGACCUUCGUUGUCAGUCUCCCUGGCUCCUCCUGCCCAUGGGGGUCCUUCUGCCUUAGCCCAGUGCCUGGUACAGGAGGGGAGGACCCUGCACCCGCGGGCCGGGGCAGCACAGGACCAGAGCCUGUCCCUCUGCCGUAGGGUCCCACCUAGAAGCCUGUAAGCUCAACUGCCUGGGCCCUCAGCACUGGCCUCUCGCAUGGCCCGGAGGUGCUGGGCAGGCCCUCCUCAGCUGGAGGCAGCUCAUUCUCACUUCUGCUGUCUCCAGCCCCCACAGCCCCCUUCACCCUCCAGGCCCUGGAAGCAGCUGGGCCCCUGCCUUUGGGGAGGGGUGUGUGGAACUGCCUGUGCAGAGUGCCAGAGACCAGAGCCACGGGCCUCACAUGGGGUAGCAGACCAGGGCCCGCCUGAGCAGCCAGUGCCACCUGGGGCUGCAGGGAGCCACGUCCUCCACCUGUGAGCAGCCCCUCAUCUCCAGAUAGUCUGGGAGGGCCUCGUGCUGCCGGGCCUGCUGAUAGGACAGUAAAGAGCUCUAACUCCAGA